CCAGGCCACCGCCAGGCCAGGUGUCGUGUCACUUCCGUAUCGCACAGACUUAACGUUGUAUCCUAACGUUUUAUGUUAACGCGUCGCAGCUGCUGGAGCGUUGCAGUACAGCGGUGUGGCGUCUACAUGACCCGUCUGCCGGUGGAGUUUAAACUGCCGCUGGGUAGGUCGGCAUACCGACGCGUACUUGAGGUGUAUUUGAGGCGUACUUGAAGCCAGCCUGUGUCGGUCAGCUGCGGACUCUCCUCUCCCCCUGCAGAGAAUGAGACGCAUGUGUUGGCUGGUGAGCAGAGUGAUCCCGGUCUUACGGACGUCGGCCUUGCCGCCGAGCCUCCGAGCCGAGGCCGGGGGCUGGAGUAGCCGUGCAGCCGGCAGCGGAGCCGUCUGCACGGGAGGAGGCACCAGUCUGCAGCCCGUCCCCGCUGCAGGAAGACCCUACUGCAGCAGCAGCAGCAGCCGCAGCAGCAGCAGCAGCAGCACGGCCAUGUGCGCUCCGCCGCUGUUCAGACAGCUGUUUGAGUCUGUCAGCAGCACCUACACCUACCUGCUGGCCGACCGCCACACCGGGGAGGCUGUGCUCAUCGACCCUGUGCUGGAGACGGUCGACAGGGAUCUGACUCUCAUACAUGAACUGGGAGUCCAUCUGAAACUGGCUGUGAACACCCACUGCCAUGCCGACCACAUCACGGGCACGGGGCUGCUGAAGCAGAGACUGCUUGGGUUGGAAAGUGCCAUCUCCAAGCACAGCGGGGCCCGAGCUGACGUCCUCCUCUCCGAGGGAGACAGGAUCACCUUUGGAAGACAUCACCUGGUGGUGAGAGAGACCCCGGGACACACCGACGGGUGUCUGACGCUGGUGACGGGCGACCAGAGCAUGGCGUUCACGGGGGACGCGCUGCUCAUCCGAGGCUGUGGCCGGACGGAUUUCCAGCAAGGUUGCCCCAGAAGGCUGCACGCGUCGGUGCACCAGCAGAUCUUCACGCUGCCUGGCACGUGCCUCGUCUACCCAGCACACGACUACCGAGGGCAGACGGUGUCUACAGUGGCUGAGGAACGUAAAUUUAACCCGCGUUUGACCAAGAGCCUGGAGGAGUUUGUGGAGAUCAUGAACAGUCUGAACCUCCCCAAGCCUGCAAAGAUAGAUAUUGCGGUGCCCGCUAAUCUGGUUUGUGGGCUGCAUGAAGUUUGAGCGUUUGAAGAAAGGGGAAGAAUUUGAGAAUCUCAAUCAAUUACAUACGUAUUGCCUAAGAUUAACAGCCAUGUUUGAGAGGGAUUGACCAAAACUAAGUAAUGAUUGUGUGUUGGCACUUUAAACUGCAUAUGUUUGAGCGCUUAUCUUUCCUGCAUCAUAUUGCUUCACUAACAGCUGUGAUUUAGUUACUGCUCAGUCAGAGAAUCCUCUGCAAACAUCCAUUCAUGGAUCUAUUUUUAAUGGUUACCCUGUCUGGGCUGUGGUAAACAGGACCAGACGAGCACGUGUGCAACAUUAGAGUCCAUGUUGUUCACGAAUUUUAUACAGGCAUGUUAUUCAGACAUGUUAUUCAGGCAUUGUUUGAAAUCAGGUUUCUGGAGUUCUACGUUGAGAAGAUGUGAUUAUGACUAUUGUCAAAUAAGAGUACAUAUUUUUUUUUAAAUAAAGC